AUUGGCGGAACAUAGACGAAUUUAAAACAAAUAAACAAAGUGAUUUUUAAUAAUUUUAUGCAAUAGAUGAUCUCCUUGUUAAUAUUUAUUUUGUAUUCAGUAGGGAUUAGUUACGGGGUAGACAAUGAUACAAUUACCCUUAAAUGUAAGCAAUGUAAAAAAUUUGAACCAUGCUGGGCAAAUUUGGACACGAGAAUAUUACCAAAAUGGUACGACGAAGCAAAAAUUGGUAUUUUCGUACAUUGGGGCAUUUAUUCAGUACCCGGGUUUUCAGAAUGGUUUUGGAAUAACUGGGACGAAAAAGAAAGGAUAAUUCAGAAAUUCAUGAGCAACCACUACGCGCCAGGUUUUACUUACCAAGAUUUUGCUCCUAUGUUUAAAGCGGAAUUUUUUGAUCCUAACAAAUGGGCUCAUUUAUUUGUUAAAGCAGGUGUAAGAUAUGUUGUAUUAACUACUAAACAUCAUGAUGGUUUCUGCAUGUUCCCCUCACGGCGCUCUUUUAGCUGGAACUCGUGCGCUGUCGGUCCCAAAAUGGACGUAGUUGCCGAACUAUCAAACGCUGUCAAACAAGUUGGAUUAAAAUUUGGUGUAUAUCAUUCUCUUUUCGAAUGGUUCAAUCCUAUGUUUAAAGAGGAUAAGAGAAAUCAUUUUAAAACACUUUACUAUUCUAAUAUGAAGCUUUGGCCGGAAUUGAAACAGCUGGUGAUUGAUUACAAGCCAUCGUUAUUGUGGGCUGAUGGGGAUUGGGAGGCAUAUGAUACUUACUGGAGGUCGACUGAAUUCCUAACUUGGUUAUACAAUGAUAGUCCGGUAAAAGAGGAGAUUGUAGUUAACGACAGAUGGGGUAAAGGCAUUUCUUGUAAGCAUGGAGACUUCUACAAUUGUAAGGAUCGGUAUAACCCUGGUAAGCUACAACCCCAUAAGUGGGAAAAUGCUUUCACAGUAGACAAAAAGUCGUGGGGAUUUCGUAAGACGAUGAAUGCCAAUGACACAUUGACUAUGAAGGAAAUACUGCACGAAGUAGCCUCUAGUGUUAGUUGCGGAGGAAACGUCCUUAUAAACGUUGGUCCGACGCAAUACGGCACAAUACCUCCGAUAUUCCAAGACAGAUUGCUAAAGCUAGGUCAUUGGCUGGAGAUAAACGGCCAAGCGAUAUAUGGUUCAUCGCCUUGGCAUUAUCAGAACGAUUCUAUUAAUCCCGACGUGUGGUAUACAUGUCAAAAAAUCCCAUACAAUGCGAUAUACCCGACAGCAAAACCAUUACUUACUGAUACAGUAUCUAAAAUAUUUGCGAUCUUUCUAACUUGGCCUAUUAGUAACAGAAUCCUGUUAAAAGAUGUGACAGGGUAUAUUCUGACAUCUGUUUACGAAAUUGUACUUUUAGGCAAUGAUGGUGAUUUACCUAGAGAAGUAAAAAACGGAUUAACAUAUAUCAAGCUUCCAGAUAAAGCGACGGUCGCCGUCGAAUAUGCAUGGGUAUUGAAAUUUACGCCUAAAUAAAAAGCCCUAGCAAUAAAACAAAUAGUUAUUGAUGCAAGAUUUAUAAAAAAAAGUAU